AUGGAAUGCAAUUUAAUUAUUAUUGGAGAUCAAAAGGUUGGAAAGUCUUCCAUUUUAUUAAGGUUUAUAAAUAAUGAUAUCUUAAUAUAGGUUAUCCACUAACUAAUUUUCUGAUUAGUAUGAAACAACUAUUUGGAGUUCUGUAAAAAAAAAAAUAGAUAUUAAUAAUAUAUCAAUCAAUUUUAAUUUCACAGAUAUAUGUUGUUAAGAACAUUAUUAUUCAAUUAGAAAAAACUCUUACAUUAACAAGGAUUUUAUUAUAAUUGUUUUUGAUAUAAAUUAGAUUGCAAGUUUUCAUAAUGUUUUAUAACAUGUAAUAUAUAUUAUAAUAAUAAUUAGUGGAAUCAAGAGACUUGUUAACUUAAGAAUAUUAAAAAAAUAAUUAUUGCAAAUAAAAUAGAUCUAAGAGAAAAUGAUGAGUAGAUUGAAGAUUAUAAAUUAUAAGUAGAUAAUAUCUUAGCUUAAGGUUAAAGAAUCAUUCAAAGAUUGCCAUUUUUUCUCAUGUUCAGCCAAAACUGGAGAAAACAUUGAUGAUGUCUUCAAAGAAAUAGCUAAAAUAUAAUUGGAAUCAUUGCCAAAGAAGAAAGAGGAACAAUUACCCAGAGAAGAAUUUUGUUCUUGUUUAAUAUUUUGA